CACCCUGGGGCAUGCGGGGAGGGUAGGGACCUGGGGAGGGAGGGGAGAGGGGUUGGCGUGUGGAGCAGAGGUCAGGUUGCCUCCCAGCCUAGGAAUCAAGCUGGGGUGUGAAGUUUGGGAGUGAAUAUCUGUCCUGUAGAUAAGAGUUGGGAAUUGCAGGAUACAUGGGGUGUUUGGAGGGUCCUGUCCACUGCCACUUCCAGCCAGACUAUCCUCGCUGUCUCCCUGUACUGCUCCUGCUCCCUGCUCCAACCCCAGCCUGUUCCACAGGGGGCACUGCCUCCCCCUGCCGCCCCCCCGACUCACACCAUGUCUCUCCUCUGCUCAAAACCCUCCAUCUUGCUCAGAGAUCCUUGCCACGAGGCCCUACACCACCUGGCCCCUGUCUGCCCUAAGUAUAGUGAAGCAUUUGCUGGGGUCCAUUUGAAAGUGUCAGAGAUGGUUGACAAUUCUAUACAUGGGUUCAUCAGGAAUAACUGGGCUGUCGGGCACAAUGUGGAGGGACAGUGUUGAAUCAGUUUCAGCUAGGGAUGUAGUAGAAAGAUAUGGAUUGUGUGAAAGGCUUGGGGGAAAGGUUUUUUUUUUGGAGCAGGAGUCAGUGGGGGGGGAUUUGAAAUGGAGUGAAGGAAUAUGGUGAUACUAGGCAAGGAUUUGAGGGAACAUCAAUAGGGUGUUGGCUAGCAUCUGAAGGGGAAUCUGUGGAAGUCUAAUAAGACUGUUUUGGAGUAAGUGCUGGGUACAGUGCCUAUAAUCCCAGCCACUCAUGAGGCUGAGGCCGGAGGAAUGCUUGAGUCCAGAGUUUGAGACCAGCCUGAGCAACGCACAGAGAACUCAUCUGGGAAAAAAAAAGAGAGAGAGAGAGAGAACAUUUUUUGGACAACCUUGGAGUGUACCCUGAAGCCAGGCUUGGUUUACAAUAAGGUGAAUCCCAUCUUUCACCACUGGAGCCUGGGUGACUGCAAGUUUGGACUGACGUUUCAGAGCCCUGCAGAGGCUGAUGAGUUCCAGAAGAGCCUGCUGGCUGCGCUGGCCGCGCUGGGUCGAGGCUCACUCACCCCCUCCUCCUCCUCCUCCUCCUCCUCUCCUUCCCAGGAUACUGCAGAGACCCCCUGCCCUCUGACGUCCCACGUGGACAGCGACUCCUCCUCCAGUCACAGCCGCCAGGAGACUCCUCCCAGCGCCGCUGCGGCCCCCAUCAUCACGAUGGAGUCAGCUUCAGGCUUCGGGCCGACCACGCCCCCCCAGCGCCGCCGCUCCUCCGCUCAGAGCUACCCUCCGCUUCUACCGUUCACGGGGAUUCCGGAACCCUCAGAGCCCCUGGCAGGGGCAGGGGGCCUGGGGUGGGGCGGCCGCGGCUACGAGGAUUACCGGCGCUCCGGGCCACCCGCGCCCCUCGCCCUGUCCACCUGCGUCGUGCGCUUCGCCAAGACCGGCGCGUUGAGGGGCGCUGCCCUGGGGCCCCCAGCGGCACUACCUGCCCCUUUGACCGAGGCUGCGCCCCCAGCGCCCCCCGCUCGCCCACCCCCCGGCCCGGGCCCAGCCUCUGCGCCUGCCAAGGCCUCCCCGGAAGCUGAGGAGGCAGCGCGCUGCGUGCAUUGCCGCGCGCUCUUCCGUCGCAGAGCAGACGGGCGUGGCGGCCGCUGCGCAGAGGCCCCGGACCCGGGUCGCCUCCUGGUGCGCCGUCUAAGCUGCCUGUGGUGCGCCGAGAGCUUGCUCUACCACUGCCUGUCGGACGCCGAGGGCGACUUCUCGGACCCGUGCGCCUGCGAGCCGGGCCACCCGCGCCCCGCCGCGCGCUGGGCCGCGCUGGCCGCGCUCUCCCUGGCAGUGCCCUGCCUCUGCUGCUACGCGCCCCUGCGCGCGUGCCACUGGAUCGCAGCGCGAUGCGGCUGCGUCGGCUGCGGGGGUCGCCACGAGGAGGCUGCGCGGUGAGGACGGCCUGGUGGGUCCCCUAGCCGGCCCGAGGACCCAAAAUUGAGGGUCCAGGACCCCGGACUCCGUUCGGACCUAAAACCCAAACCUAGGCACAUCCGGAACUUGGAGCUUGAGUUUGGAUUGAGAGAUCUCAGACCUGGAACCUGGAACCCAAACCUAGGACUGAGAGACCCCAGCCCCAGCUUCAUUGGGGUGUCUGUCUAAGAGGUCCCAGGAGUCCUGAGUUCUGGCGUUCCCCCACCCCCACACCCCACGAGGAGGCUCCAGGCGUCCCCAUACUUUGCAUCUCAGAAAGGCCAGGGAGCGCAUAGAUCCCGAAAAGGGCAGGUCCCUGUUGAAAUGAACAACCUAGACCCCGGUCACGCCUGGCACCAUGUCCCUCAGAUUACAGCCCCACAAUUAGUCAGGACUUGCCCAUACCUGGCUCUGCCUUUAUUCAACUCCCAGAUCAGAUCUUGAGACCAUAGGACCUAGAGUCACCCACAAACAGUUCCUGAAUGUUCACCUAAGACCUGGUGCCCCCACAUCUGAGACAUUCUCAUAGUCCCAGGACCCCUGAGACAGCAGGACCCCUGAGACAGUUUCAAACAGAGUUUGAAACUCUGUUAUGCUCUGGAAUCUCCAGAUGCUGCCCCUCAAAUCUACCCACGACUUAGUGCCCACAGACCUGGCCUCCAGUCCGGGAACACUGAAGUCUAAGAUGUCCAGGGAACUCCCAGACACCCUGGGACCCCAGACUCUUAAGAUGCACUGAGUGCUCGGAUAUACCUAAACACGAGAUGUUCUCUUACCAAAAUGACUUGGGAGACCCAUCCCAGAGCCCCCAAGAUCCAGAUAUCAGACACCAAGAUGCUCUGGAAGCCAGGGAUCAAAGACCUCCGUAGGUCCACCCACCCCCAAGCCAGGGUUCUCAGGAGCUUUGGAUAUCAUUUAUAGGACUCAGAGGUGCCUGGGGUCCUCAGGUGUGCGACUGAAGGCCACCAACACCUCAGGACCCGAGAUACUGGUCUCGAGUUCUCAAAUAGCUCUCUCUUGCAGUCCCUCCUGGACCUGGAUUUUGAGACCCCAAAUGUCCUGGAAUCUUCAGCUUCUUUCUACCCACAGAUUCCCAACCCCUUAAGGGCUGGGAGUCCAGCUCCCAGAAGAGGGGAUGCUCAUGGUGACCCAGACCUCUGACCCCCUUGGCCCUCAGCCCUUGAGUGACCCCAAGGUACUUUAGGAGCACUGGAUCCAAUACCCCAAAGGUGCCACUGACCCCCAAAUGCAAGGCUCAAGACCCUACAACAUUGGGAUUGUUCCUGAUCCAAGACCUUCGUCCCUCCAUACCAGAGGCAUUCAGAUUCGAGGUGCCCCAAGACCCCAGCACCCUCAGACCCCAGAUUUCUUUGGAUUCAAACCUCUCUAGCCUGAUUAACCCCAAGUUGCCUCUACACCUGAUUCCCCCAUCCCCACUUGUCGGACCUCAGAGACCUGCUGCCCCUUGAAUCCUGUCAUCCAUAGGCCCCCAAAACCCCAAGGUUCCAGCCUCUGGAAUUCUGGUCCCAAGGAUCCCAGCCCAAGCCCCCAGCAAUCCUCAGAAUUACCCCUUUAUCUUAGGGUGGGAUCCCUACCAUUUGGAACUCAUUGUAGGACCACCCAGGGUGGGGCACAGUGGCUCAUGCCUUGUAAUCCCAGCACUUUGGGAGGCCAAGGAAGGAGGAUCGCUUAAGGCCAGGAGUUUGAGACCAGCCUGGGCAAUGUAGUGAGACCCUGUCUCUAAAAAAAAAAAAAAAAAGGGCCAAGUAGGAGCUCCCUCACUGUCACGUCUAGGACCCAGCAUUGUCACAGAUGAUUAUUCAGGGUCUUCAUUAAGUGAAGGCACACAGCCCAGGGUUUCGAGGAGCUGGAAGUCACACCAGUCUGCUGGCCACACUGUGCCCUCAGAAGAAGUGUGUGCAAUGGAAACUUUCAGGCUAGUUAUGGCUCUGCUGUCCCACAGCCCCCAGCCUUGCAGACCUUCCUUCAAGCCCAACCUUAAUUCCUAGUCCAGGUUCAAGUCCCACCUUUUAUGUUCUCCCCCUCCAUUAACCCCUUCUCUUCCUGUUUAUUUAUUUAUUUAUUUUGAGACAGAGUCUCGCUGUAUCACCCAGGCUGGAGUGCAGUGGCACAAUCUCGGCUCACCACAACCUCCCCCUCCCGGGUUCAAGCCAUUCGUCUGCCUCAGCCUCCCGAGUAGCUGGGAUAACAGGCAUGUGCCACCACACCCAGCUAAUUUUUUGUAUUUUGAGUAGAGACAGGGUUUCACCAUGUUGGCCAGGAUGGUCUCAAACUCCUGACCUCAUGAUCCACCUGCCUCAGCCUCCCAAAGUGCUGGGAUUAUAGGCAUGAGCCACUGCACCUGGCUCUCUUCCACUUUAGAGUUAGAAGUUGCUUCAGGAAGUUUGAAAGCCUGUUUCAUGGCCCACUGAGUCUCUUCUGUGCAAAGGGGGGUGCCACAGGCUUUUUUCCCCCAAGUGAAAUGGGGCUUCCAGCGGAUCGAAGAUCUGGUGUCCUGUAUGGGGGCCUCAAGUUCUUGGAGCAAGACAGUCUCAAUGUUGUAUGGGCUUGGGACCUGCAUCUGGCCCCAAGCAUCUGGAACUGUGCACUUAACCUUUCUUCAUUACCCAGACUUGGAUGGCCUUGUUGGGGUUCAAGGGAUAGGUCCUCUGUCUCUUCCUUUAAAUUAUUAACUAUUUAUUACAUCCGGAACCUGUGAGAUUCAGCACUCCCAACCAGACCCUGGGAUGGGUGAGAGAAAAGCGGGGGUGUCUCUCCCCUCCCCACUCUGCCCAGCUCUCAUCACUGUCAGACCCACCAGAGCUGAGGGCGGAGGGAUUGGGGGCUGGGGCAGCCUGGGUCCCCAUGCCCCUCUCUGUGCCUCGGUCUCCCCCCUUCCAUGGUGGGCGGGGGGGGAAGCUCCAUUCUUAACCUACCUCGUUUUGGGGAGGGGUGGGACGGGGGACCAGAGUGCUGUACGGUGCUGUGGGAUCUGCAGAUGAAGCGGUGGGGGCUAAGGAAAGGUCCCCUGGCCGCCUCUUCCCAGCAGCGCCUCUCCCAGGUCCCCCAGUCCUGCUCCCUGCUGAGACCCACCUCUGAUCCAUGAUUCCCCUUCAUUGCCCCCAAAUCAGGGGUACAUGGAGGGCCGCCCUGGGAGCCAGGCAGACCUCAGACCCUGGAGCCCCCAGGCCCAAUUUCCCAGCCGCUUGCCCCUCAGAUCGGAUGCUUGGCCCCCAGAUUUGGGGGAGGCACCCCAACAUAUAUGUUCCUGAUCUUGUUUCUAAGCCAGUCUGUGACCUCAAUAUUGUUAGUGUCAGUGCAGGCUGAAGUGGUGGGGGAGGAUGGGGGCCAAAGACCCAGCCUUGUCAUCGGGGGAGGGGGCACGAGAUCUGCUCCAAGAAAUGUCUGUGACAAAG